GUAGGUGGAGAAAUCGCGAGAAGACAAAGAUGAUGGUCAUGGCUCUAAAUGCAGGAAUCAUAAUAAACACAGAUGAAGUAAUGAGCAGAUGUGUUUCAGGCUCCUUCCAGCGGUUUAAUCAAAGCGCAGCUGCGCGGCAGUGAUGAUGCGAUGAUGCGGACUCUCAGCAUCCUCCGCCACGAGUGACUGUGGAGGACCCACGGCCGACAGGGAGGGGUCCUUUCUUUCCUGUCGGAUGGAGCCCGGCUACGUGCAGGCAGCGAUGGCUAUGGGAGAUGUUUCCAAGAGAGUUUCGUCUCGAAACGUAGCAGUGGAGAGAAAAAACCUCCUGACUGUCUGCAGGUUUUCUGUAAAGACCCUGUUAGAGAAGUACACAGCAGAACCUAUCGAUGAUUCAUCUGAAGAGUUCAUCAAUUUUGCAGCAGUUCUUGAACACAUUCUUAGUCACCAUUUUAAAGGCUCUAGUAGCUGGUUUGAUGGACAGAGGAGUUACUGGGACUAUAUUCGCUUGGCAUGUGCUAAAGUCCCCAACAAUUGCAUCAGCAGCAUAGAGAGCAUGGAAAACAUCAACACAUCCCGAGCAAAGGGUCGAGCCUGGAUGAGAGUCGCCCUCAUGGAGAAGAGGCUCUCUGAGUAUAUUGCAACUGCACUGAGGGACAGCAGGACAACCAGGAGGUUCUAUUCAGAAGGAGCCAUAAUGCUAAGAGAAGAGUCCACGGUGCUAACUGGGAUGCUCAUAGGUCUAGGAGCCAUAGAUUUUAGUUUCUGUCUGAAAGGAGAGGCCCUGGAUGGGAAAUCUCCAGCAGUGAUUGACUACACUCCAUACUUGAAAUUUACACAAAGCUAUGAAUACUUCAGUGAUGAUGAUGACGAUAGACGGAGUGUUGACAGCAGCUGCAGUGACGACAGCGUCCCCGAACACCCUUACGUCCCUCUGGUCACCGAUGACGAGAACUGGAGCUCAAAGUGCCGCAAAAUGGAGCACAGAUUUAAGAUCGUCAAUGCUCAGAAGGGUUACCUGGAGGAGCUUGUGCGAUUACGUGAGUCCCAGUUAAAGAACACAGAGGCAGAAAACAAGAAGCUGAAGACCAAACUGGAGGAGGUACAAAGCCAGAGCCACCGGGAAAAGAAGGAACUAGAGGCUGUUAUCCUGGAGCUGCAGGAGCAACUGACAAGCUUGAUUCCGUAUGAUUCUAACCACCUGGUCAAAAACAUGUCAAUCCCCCUCAUCAACCAGUGGCCAACCCUGGAGCCGUACAGCAUCCAAGAUGAGUUGAAGCUGUUCCGCAGGAGGAGUUUCCCGAGCACAGAGCUGCUCUCAGCAGAGGUCAGCCUGGAUUCUGACUCCCAAAGAGUCGCAGGCAAACAGAACGGAGGAGCCUGGUGCACAGAAAAGGACUAUACCCCCUCCAUGAUGGGCCUGUGUGGGUCUUUGGCCUCUUUUCCAAGCACCAAAUCUCUGGCUAGCCUCAAAUCAAGUGAGUGCUUGGUCAAUAUCAGCACAGAGAACAGCCCUGCUCUGUCUCCCAGCUAGGGGGCGCCAAAGAUACACUGGAAAAGCAGACAAUUCAGUAAAAAAA